ACAAUGACGAUGAAGUUGAGAGCCAAGUUCUUGAGCUUCAAGUUAGUCCUCGCUUGUUAAAAAGGGCAAAUGGCACUGGUAGUUUAAGUAGGAUAAGCCGACAGUCUGCCAGCAAUAUUAGUCGCCAUGAGAGUGGUAAUAGUAUGGAUGCUACACGACCUAAUACUCGAAUGCUUCUUCCAGGGGCAUUAGCUGCUGAAAGGCGUCAACAGAAAAGGGAAGCUCUCCGCAAAGAAGCUGAUGAGUUGAUGGCAUAUUUUGAGCAGUGCACUCAUGACUGUUUGUUGAAGGCUAUCCGUUCAACUCUGGAAAAUCUCAAGAAGCAGGCAAGCUCUGCCACUUCAUAUCGGUAUGGAGAAGCAAACAGGAAACGAGACAGUCAUCCAGUGUUUCGUUGUAAUAUGGUACUAGCUAUACCGAGUAUCAUCAUCCAGCCAAGUCUUGAUGAAGUCCAACAGGCAGUCAACAAAGCAGCUCAAAUGGUUCUCGGUGUUGGAAAACAUGUUUACCUGUGGGGCCAACUAGAGCAGCAGAAACGAGUCGAGGAGAUGAAGGUAAUGCAGUCUGAAGCUGCUGCAACACGUAGUCGUCUCAUUAGUUACAGUCAUGCUCAUCUGAAUGAUGCAUCAACUCACUCACGUUUGAGUCUUCACCAUGAUGCUAGUAUGGGCAAUUUGUCUAGUAUUGUGGGUGUUGGCCCACCACUGAGGAACCAUUGGAGAAGUAUAUGUGAAAACAAGGAGCUUUCUAAGCUUGUAGCAAUCCUCUCCACAGCCAUAAACUCGACAAAAGAUGCCAUUGUCAGUGUGCUUGAUGAGUACUCGUGUUACCACAUGCUUUGGAAGCUGGAUCAUGUUGAAGCAAUGGCUAAAUUUAACGAGUCUCAUCCACAAGUGGCUGAAUUUGAAGCUCAAAUUGCUCACUAUGUUGAGGUAGAAAAGGAAAUUAUGGACAGGCCUGAUGUCCAUGAAGUAGGAGCUAUUCUCAUGGUAGCAGAGCCUUUGAAGAUAGCACUAUGUGCUGAGGCAAAAGCUUGGCGAGUUGUAGUUGGUGAACACAGCAACAGGAAGUACCGGCUAGUAAUGGAAGAAGCUUUUCGAUUUAUCAAUGAGUGCAUGAAACGGCUAGCGCGUCCUGUGAAAGACCUAGAUGAUGUCCGUUUGACCAUGGAUAUCCUUCGUGAAAUACGCGAAAAUGAAAUUCGUAUUGAUGCCAUGAUUUCCCCAGUAGAAGAAUCUUAUGCCCUACUGAGUAAGCAUCGUUUGCCAGUCGUGCAGGAGGAAUCAGAACGUGUUGACACACUGAGAUAUUCAUGGACCAGACUGCUUGCGACUGCCAAGCAAGUCCAGGAUUACCUCAUCUCCAUCCAGUCAGAAUUCAAAGAGAAUUUGGUUACAAGCAUCACUUCAUACCAUGAAGAGCUGAAUGCGUAUUAUAAAGAGUAUACCACCAAAGGCCCCAUGGCACCUGGUGUAUCUCCACGUGAUGCUAGUGACCGUCUCAUCAUUUUCCAAAAUCAGUUUGAUACUCUGUGGCGUCAAUACAACACGUAUAAGGGUGGUGAGGAAUUAUUUGGACUUCCAGUUACUGACUAUCCUGAUCUAUUUCGAAUCCGGAAAGAAUUGUCGCUUCUUCAGAAACUUUAUAGUCUUUACAAUAAUGUUGUUGAUGGAGUUGAUGGUUACUAUGAAAUUCCAUGGGCUGAGGUCAACAUCGAGAAAAUUAAUGCUGAACUGCUUGAUUUUCAGAAUCGUUGUAGGAAGCUUCCACGUGCUUUGAAAGAAUGGCAGGCAUUUCUAGACCUCAAGAAAAAGAUUGACGAUUUCAAUGAAACAUGUCCCUUGCUUGAGAGCAUGGCAAAUAAAGCUAUGAAGCCACGCCAUUGGGCCAGAUUGACUGAGCUCACUGGGCAUGUGUUUGACAUUGAAGCAGAAGGCUUCCUGCUCAGAAAUAUUAUGGAAGCACCACUUCUUGAGCACAAAGAAGACAUUGAGGACAUUUGUAUUGCAGCAGUGAAGGAGCAGGACAUUGAGGGAAAACUGAAAGCAAUUGAAAAUGAGUGGAGUUCUGAACGACUUCACUUCAGCAGUUUCAAGAAUCGUGGUGAACUUCUCCUAAGAGGUGAUGAAACUUUAGAGACAGUGUCAUGCAUGGAGGACAGUUUAAUGGUUCUUAGCUCACUGUUGAGUAAUCGUUAUAAUCCACCAUUCAAACCAAAGAUCCAAAAGUGGGUGCAGAAGCUUUCGAGCACAACGGAAAUCAUUGAGAGUUGGCUGGCAGUCCAGAACUUGUGGAUCUACUUAGAAGCUGUCUUUGUAGGUGGCGAUAUUGCAAAGCAGCUGCCAAAGGAGGCAAAGAAAUUCCACAAUAUUGACAAGUCAUGGAAUAAAAUCAUGCAUCGAGCACAUGAGACACCAAACGUUGUUCAGUGUUGUGUGGGAGAUGAGAUGCUGGGUCAACUGCUUCCUCAUUUGCUGGAACAACUUGAGCUUUGCCAGAAGUCUCUUAGUGGGUACCUUGAAGCUAAGCGUUUGCUUUUCCCCCGUUUCUUUUUUGUGUCUGAUACUGCUCUUCUGGAAAUCCUUGGCCAGGCCAGUGACUCUCACACUAUCCAGGCUCACUUGCUGAAUAUUUUUGACAAUAUAAAAACAGUGACAUUUCAUGAGAGAGACUAUGAUCGCAUUUUGGCCAUUAACUCUCGUGAAGCUGUCUGCAUUGAUUUUGAAAGACCAGUGAUGGCACAUGGUAACGUAGAACAGUGGCUCAUGCAUCUCCUCAACAUGAUGCAGAAGUCAGUUCAUGGUGUUGUACGUAAUGCAGCAAUCACAAUUCAAGAUUCAUCAUUUGAACUGAUGACAUUUCUUGAUACAUUCCCAGCUCAAGUUGGGCUACUGGGCUUGCAGAUGUUGUGGACGCGACAGGCAGAGAAAGGUCUAGCUGCUGCACGUAGUGACAAGAAAGUUAUGGCUGCAACUGAUCAAGAAUUUUUAGACAUUUUAAAUAUGCUUAUUGACAAAACAACAGAAGACCUAGUUCCAGUGGAAAGGACAAAGUAUGAAACACUCAUCACAAUUCAUGUCCACCAACGUGACAUAUUCCAUGACUUGGUAAAAAUGCAUAUUCGCUCGCUAAGUGACUUCGAGUGGCUCAAGCAAUCUCGGUUCUACUACAAUAAUGAGACAGACAAAUGUGUAAUUAGCAUCACUGAUGUAAGCUUCACAUACCAGAAUGAAUUUCUUGGUUGUACUGAACGGCUUGUCAUCACACCACUCACUGAUCGAUGUUACAUUACUCUGGCACAAGCAUUGGGUCUUUCAAUGGGAGGCUCACCUGCUGGACCAGCCGGUACAGGAAAGACAGAAACUGUCAAGGAUAUGGGUAAAGCCCUUGGAAAGUAUGUUGUUGUCUUCAAUUGUUCUGAUCAGAUGGACUACAGAGGAUUAGGACGGAUAUUCAAAGGUCUUGCACAGUCUGGUAGCUGGGGAUGCUUUGAUGAAUUCAACCGCAUUGAGCUGCCCGUUUUAUCUGUUGCUGCACAACAGAUAUCUGUUGUAUUAGCGUGCAAGAAAGAUCGCAAGCCACAAUUCGUUUUCACUGACGGUGAUGUUGUCAAAAUGAAUCCAGAAUUUGGUCUUUUCCUUACUAUGAAUCCUGGAUAUGCUGGACGUCAGGAGCUGCCAGAGAACUUAAAAAUGCAAUUUAGAGGUGUGGCAAUGAUGGUACCUGAUCGUCAGAUUAUUAUCCGAGUGAAGCUUGCAAGCUGUGGAUUCCAGGACAACAUUACUUUGGCUAGGAAAUUUUACACACUCUAUAAGCUGUGUGAAGAGCAGCUGUCUAAGCAGGUCCACUAUGAUUUUGGGCUACGGAACAUCUUGUCUGUCCUUCGGACUCUUGGAUCUGUGAAACGGAGCUCAGAAGGCGAAGCCGAAAAUGAUAUUGUGAUGCGAGUCAUGAGAGACAUGAACCUUUCCAAACUAGUGGAUGAAGAUGAGCCUCUUUUCUUGUCUCUCAUAAGUGACUUAUUUCCUGGUAUCAGCAUGGAUAAGGCUAAUUAUCCUGAUCUCGAGGAAGCAAUUGCGGCCCAAGUGGAGAAGGCAGGACUCAUCCAUCAUCCUCCAUGGACACUCAAGCUCAUCCAGCUAUUUGAAACACAGCGAGUUCGACAUGGUAUGAUGGUAUUAGGUCCUGCUGGUGCAGGCAAGACCCAGUGCAUUCACAUUCUUAUGCGAGCACUUACUGAUUGUGGCAUGCCACAUCGCGAGAUGAGGAUGAACCCCAAGGCAAUCACUGCUUCUCAGAUGUUUGGAAAGCUGGAUGUAGCCACUAAUGAUUGGACUGAUGGAAUAUUCUCGACUCUUUGGCGUAAGACAUUAAGGACAAAGAAAGGCGAGCAUGUAUGGCUCGUUCUUGAUGGUCCUGUCGACACAUUCUGGAUUGAAAAUCUUAACUCUGUUCUUGAUGACAACCAGACGCUCACAUUGGCUAAUGGUGAUCGUAUCCCCAUGGCGACUAAUUGCAAAAUCUUGUUUGAACCAGACAACGUUGAUAAUGCAUCUCCUGCAACAGUGUCUCGGAAUGGCAUGGUGUACAUGAGUUCUUCUGGUCUCGAGUGGAAGCCUAUCUUACAGGGAUGGUUAAAGAAACGGCACACGUCAGAGUCCAGUGUUCUGACCUCCUUGUUUGACGAAGCAUUCCAGGAUGUGCUCAACUAUUGUAACCACAACUUGAAUGCAAAGAUGGCACUUCUUGAAUGCAACUAUAUUGCACAGGCAAUUCAGUUACUAGAAGGUCUAAUUCCAUCGUGUGAUGAUGGUUCGACUAUUAACGCUGUGCAUCUUGGUCGACUUUUCACUUUUGCCAUUAUGUGGAGUUUUGGUGCUCUUCUGGAGAUUCAAGAUCGAUCCAAACUGGAAUCAUACUUGAAGCAAAGCUGUAACAUCGAUUUACCUGUCAUUCGUGCUGACUCUCAAGACACAAUAUUUGAAUUCGUAGUCAAUGACAAAGGUGAAUGGCAUCAUUGGAAAACACGAGUGCAGGACUACGUUUAUCCAAAGGAUGUAACACCUCCAUUCUGGUCAAUUCUUGUACCAAAUGUUGACAAUGUCCGAACUGACUUCCUUGUCCAUACAGUGGCUAAGCAACACAAGGGUGUUAUGCUAAUUGGUGAGCAAGGCAGUGCAAAAACUGUCAUAUUGAACAGCUAUUGUGCAAAGUACGAUCCUGAAGCACACAUGACAAAAUCUCUCAAUUUCUCAUCUGCCACUACCCCAAAUCUAUUUCAACGAUCUAUUGAAAGUUACGUUGAGAAGCGUAUUGGCAGUACUUAUGGCCCUCCUGCUGGUCGUAAAAUGACUGUUUUCAUUGAUGACAUCAACAUGCCCUUGAUCAACGAGUGGGGAGAUCAAGUGACCAAUGAGAUUGUCCGUCAGCUGAUGGAAUUGAAAGGAAUCUAUAGUCUUGACAAACCGGGUGAUUUCGUCACAAUUGCUGACAUGCAGUUUGUGUCUGCCAUGAUUCAUCCGGGUGGUGGACGCAAUGAUGUCCCUCAGCGUCUGAAACGACACUUUGCUGUAUUCAAUUGCACUUUACCUUCCAAUGCUUCUAUUGACAAGAUCUUUGGUGUGAUUGCAACUGGCUACUUCUGUAAGGAGCGUGGCUUUCCUCCUGCUGUGAGUCAUUUAGCCGGCCAAUUGGUUCAGGUGACACGUAGUCUUUGGCAAGCAACAAAAUUUAAAAUGCUAUCCACACCAGCAAAAUUCCACUACAUCUUCAAUCUACGUGACUUGUCCCGAAUUUGGGAAGGCAUGGUCAACGUCACUUCAGAAAUUAUAACUGAAACAAGUCACCUAAUGACCUUAUGGAAGCAUGAAUGCUGUCGUGUAAUCUCAGAUCGUUUCGUCUGUGAAGAAGACAAAGAAUGGUUUGAAGCGGCUAUGUCUAGAACUGCAGGAGAUCUCCUUGGAGCAGAACUGAGAGAACAAAUACCAGAGGAGCCAUAUUUUGUUGAUUUUCUUAGGGAAGCACCAGAGCCAACUGGUGAUGAAGCAGAUGAUGCUGAUUUGGAACCUCCAAAAAUCUAUGAAAUGAUUCCACCUCUUGAUGACUUGAGGGAAAGGCUGGAGACAUUCAUGAUUCAGUACAAUGAAACAAUAAGAGGUGCUGCUAUGGAUUUGGUAUUCUUCAAGGAUGCAAUAGUCAAUUUGAUCAAGAUUUCUCGCAUAAUUCGAACUGAUCGUGGUAAUGCUCUGUUGGUUGGCGUUGGUGGAUCGGGUAAGCAAAGUCUGACUCGUUUGGCAUCAUUCAUUGCUGGAUACAAGACAUUCCAGAUCACUUUAACACGAUCGUACAAUGUCACAAACUUGAUGGAUGAUCUGAAGCAUUUGUAUCAUGUGGCUGGUGUGAAGGGCCAAGGCAUCACCUUUAUUUUCACUGAUCAAGAAAUCAAAGAUGAAGCCUUUCUGGAAUAUCUGAAUAAUGUUUUGUCAUCUGGUGAAGUUUCCAAUCUCUAUGCCCGCGAAGAGCUGGAUGAAAUUGCUACUGAGCUGACACCAGUAAUGAAAAAGGAGUUUUCAAGACGGCCACCAACACCAGACAACCUCUACAAUUAUUUCUUGAGUCGAGCUCGUCAAAAUCUUCACGUUGUACUUUGUUUUUCACCAGUUGGAGAGAAGUUCCGGAAUCGUGCUCUUAAAUUUCCUGGCCUCAUCAGUGGUUGCACAAUGGACUGGUUCAGCCGCUGGCCUAAGGAUGCCUUAAUUGCUGUUGCAGAACACUUCUUGGCUGAUUAUGACAUUGCCUGUGAGCAAAAAAUCAAGCAAGAAGUUGUUCACCUCAUGGGUGUUGUUCAAGAUGGCGUUGCUGAAACAUGUGUAGACUAUUUUCAGCGUUUCCGACGUUCAGCUCAUGUGACUCCAAAGUCAUAUCUGUCAUUCUUAAAUGGAUACAAGAGUGUAUACACAGACAAGAGAAAAGAGAUAGGAGGAUUGGCUGACCGGAUGAACAUGGGACUUGAAAAACUAUCAGAGGCAAGCGAAUCAGUUGCUCAGUUGUCAAGAGAUCUAGCAACAAAGGAGAAGGAAUUGGCAGUAGCUACUGAAGAAGCUGAUAGAGUUCUUGCCGAAGUGUCUGUGAAAGCUCAAGAAUCAGAAAAAGUGAAAGCUCAAGUUCAGAAGGUGAAGGACAAGGCCCAAGCAAUUGUAGACAAUAUUGCUGUUGAUAAAGGAUUAGCUGAAGAGAAGCUUGAAGCUGCCAAGCCAGCCUUGGAAGAAGCAGAAGCUGCUCUGAAAACAAUUCAGCCAAGUCACAUCGCAACUGUUCGAAACCUCAAACGUCCUCCACACCUCAUCAUGCGCAUAAUGGACUGUGUCUUGCUUUUGUUCCAAAGAAGAAUAGACACCGUUGUUCCUGAUCCGGACAGACCAAACUGUUUGAAACCAUCAUGGACUGAAGCUCUCAAGAUGAUGAGUCAAGCUUCAUUCCUUGCUAAUCUUCUCAACUACUCAAAGGAUAUGAUCAAUGAAGAAACGGUAGAACUGCUAUUGGCAUAUAUCGAACAAGAAGACUACAACAUGGAAACUGCUAAGCGUGUCUGUGGUGACGUUGCUGGUUUGCUCUCAUGGACGAAAGCCAUGGCAUAUUUCUACGGUAUCAACAAAGAAGUUCUCCCACUCAAAGCAAAUCUGAUGCUACAGGAAGCUCGACUGGAUGCUGCAGAUAAAGACUUGGCAGUGGCUCAGGCAGAACUGGAUGAGAAAAAACGACAGCUUGAUGAGGUUCGAGCUAUGUAUGACGCAGCUAUCAGCAAGAAGCAAAAGCUCACUGAAGACGCAGACAUGUGCAGGAGAAAGAUGCAAGCAGCUACAGCACUAAUAGACGGUUUGAGUGGAGAAAAAGAAAGAUGGACAAAUCAGAGUAAAGAGUUUGAUGAUCAGAUUGGACGACUGGUUGGUGAUGUGGUACUUGGUACUGCAUUUUUGUCAUAUGCUGGUCCAUUCAAUCAGGAGUAUCGUCAGCUUUUAUUGAGCAACUGGAAGAAAGAAUUAAAGAGUCGUGAAAUUCCAUUUAGUAGUGACUUAGAUGUCACGGCAAUGUUGACUGAUAGUACAACUGUUGGAGAAUGGAAUCUGCAAGGACUGCCUAACGAUGAAUUGUCAACACAAAAUGGGAUCAUUGUCACAAAGGCGUCAAGAUUUCCACUCUUGAUUGAUCCACAGGGUCAAGGCAAAUUCUGGAUCAAGAACAAAGAAGGAGGACACGAACUCCAAAUCACUUCACUAAACCACAAGUAUUUCCGGACACAUUUGGAAGACAGUCUGUCUCUUGGUCGUCCCAUGCUUAUUGAAGAUGUCGGUGAAGAGCUUGAUCCUGUGUUAGACAAUGUGCUUGAAAAGAACUUUAUCAAGUCAGGAACAACAUUCAAGGUCAAAGUCGGCGACAAGGAGGUUGAUGUCAUGAAGGGCUUUGCUCUCUAUAUUACAACGAAAUUGCCAAACCCAGCAUACACACCUGAGAUCAGUGCAAGAACAGCAAUCAUUGAUUUCACAGUCACCAUGAAGGGGCUCGGGGAUCAACUGCUUGGCAUGGUGAUAUUGUACGAGAAGGCUGAGUUGGAGGCUGAUAGGAAUAAACUCCUUGAAGACGUGCAGGCAAACAGGAAGAAAAUGAAAGAACUGGAGGACAGCUUGUUGUUCCGAUUGACUAGUACUAAAGGCUCACUAGUGGAUGAUGAAUCUCUCAUUGAAAUGUUGCGUGAUACUAAAGUGACUGCUGAGGAUGUUAAACAGAAGCUCAAGGUAGCUGCUGAUACAGAGGUGCAGAUUAACUCAGCAAGAGAGGAGUUCAGGCCUGUUGCAACUCGUGGGAGUAUCCUGUACUUCCUUAUUGUUGAGAUGUCAAUGGUCAAUGUCAUGUACCAGACUUCCCUUUCUCAGUUCUUGGGGGUGUUUGAGCUCUCAAUGGCUCGUUCUGUCAAGUCACCACUCAUGUCUAAACGCAUCCAAAAUAUUGUUGACUACUUGACGACGGCUGUCUUUCGCUACUCUUGUCGUGGCUUUUAUGAAGAACACAAGUUUCUAUUCACAUUGCUGCUGGCUCUCAAAAUUGACCUUGAAAAAGGCCACGUCAAACAUCAGGAAUUCAUGACUUUGAUCAAAGGUGGUGCUGCGUUAGAUCUAAAUGCAGUCGAGCCAAAGCCAUUCAAAUGGAUCCGUGAUCUGACAUGGUUGAAUCUUGUUGAGCUCAGCAAACUGCCUCACUUCCGGCAGAUACUGAACCAGAUUGGACGAAAUGAGAAAACUUGGAAGACUUGGUUUGAUGACAAUGAGCCAGAAGAAUCACCUAUCCCAGACGGAUAUGACAAGUCUUUGGAUACAUUUCAACGAUUGCUCCUAAUUAGAUCUUGGUGUCCUGAUCGUGUGACCGUUCAGGCAAGGAAUUACAUCUCAGAGUCACUGAGUAAGGAAUAUGCUGAGGGCGUCAUUCUUGAUCUGAAGGGAAUGUGGAAAGAGUCAACUAUUCGAACGCCAAUGAUCUGCUUCCUCACGCUAGGCUCAGACCCAAGCAACCAAAUUGAGGCUCUGGCCAAACGACAGGGCUUGGAUUGCCGAGCUGUGUCCAUGGGUCAAGGGCAGGAUGUUCAUGCACGUCGUCUUCUACAGCAAUUUAUGGCAUCAGGUGGCUGGGUGCUUCUGCAGAAUUGCCAUCUUGGAUUAGAUUUCCUGGAUGAGUUGCUAAAUACCAUCCUGACAACAGAGAACGUUCAUGAGUCAUUCCGACUGUGGAUGACCACUGAGGUUCACAAGCAAUUCCCCAUCAAUCUUCUACAAAUCUGCAUAAAGUUUACCAACGAGCCACCACAAGGAAUUAAAGCUGGCCUCAAACGAACAUACUCUAGUAUCACUCAAGACAUGCUUGACAUUAGCAAUGUGUACCAAUGGAAGCCAAUGCUUUAUGCGGUGGCAUUUUUGCAUACCACAGUACAGGAGAGACGGAAAUUUGGUCCACUUGGUUGGAAUAUUCCCUAUGAAUUUAACAAUGGUGAUCUGAACUCAAGCAUUCAGUUUGUACAAAACCACCUUGAUGACAUGGACUUGAAAAAGGGUGUCUCGUGGAACACUGUCAGAUACAUGUUAGGUGAUAUACAUUAUGGGGGCCGAGUGACCGACGAAAUGGACAAACGUUUGCUCAACACAUUUACGAAGUUAUGGUUUGGCGAAAACAUGUUUCAUCCAAGCUUCUCGUUCUACAAAGGCUAUGGUAUUCCAAUUUGCGUAAAGGUUCAACAUUACCUUGACUACGUAGACCAGCUACCACUGAUCGACUCACCAGAAGUUUUUGGGCUCCACACCAAUGCAGAUAUCACGUAUCAGACCAGCAUGGCGAAGGCUGUUCUUGACACAAUAGUCAGCAUCCAGCCAAAAGACAGCACUGCAGCUGGCAGUGGUGAAACGAGAGAAAGUAUAGUUAAGAGGCAAGCAGAAGAUAUGCUUGAUAGACUUCCGGUUGAUUAUGUUCCACAUGAAGUCAAAGCUCGUCUACAGAAAAUGGGUGCUCUGUCUCCCAUGAAUAUUUUUCUGAGGCAGGAGAUUGACAGAAUGCAGCGUGUGAUCACCUGUGUUCGUAACACAUUGAAAGACUUGAUGUUGGCCAUUGAUGGAACGAUCAUUAUGAGUGAGUCACUUCGCGAUGCACUGGACAGAAUGUUUGAUGCCAGGAUCCCAGCAGCUUGGAGCAAAGUUUCUUGGGAUUCGGCCAGCCUCGGCUUUUGGUUCACAGAGCUACUUGAACGUAACACCCAGUUCCAUUCCUGGUGUUUUGAAGGUCGUCCGAUGGUAUUUUGGAUGACUGGUUUUUUCAAUCCACAAGGGUUUUUGACAGCUAUGCGACAAGAGGUUACACGUGCUCACAAGGGCUGGGCUUUGGAUAGUGUUGUACUCCACAAUGACAUCACUCGACAGUACAAGGAUGACAUCGCUGGCCCUCCUCAGGAAGGUGUUUACAUUCAUGGGCUUUACUUGGAUGGAGCUGGGUGGGAUAAACGCAACAGUCGCCUUGUUGAGUCUCCCAACAAAGUGCUCUUCACUCCAAUGCCUGUUAUCCACAUGUAUGCACUCAACUCAACAUCUGGAAAGGACCCAAAACUCUACUGUUGUCCUGUGUAUAAGAAACCUCGUCGUACUGACUUGACAUACAUUACGGAUUGCUCCCUGAAGACGACACAAAAUCCAGACCAUUGGGUGUUGAGAGGUGUGGCACUACUAUGUGACGUCAAGUGAUAUCACAACUGACUAUGGUGUAAGGAGAUUAGGUAAUUGUUGAAUUGUUGUUGUAAGACUGCAACGUUUCGUAGACUUUUAGUUCCAUUAUGGUUUCCAUGAGCUUGUGUUUUCUACAUUUAAGGAGUUUAUAAAAUGCGCAUUUUCGGUACAUUUUUAAUCUUCUGUAACAAUAAAUGAGCUACUUAAAAAUAAAACGAUCACGAAGGUAGGUAAACAUGUAUCAAAGAGACGCACCACAUUACAUUUACGGGGAUACAGACAAACGGGUACCCAUUUAAGAACACAGUGAAACUUGACAGCAGCUAAUGAGUAUGUAAACACUCCGGCACCAUGGGCUCGAGACAUUGAUGAGAGAAUGAACGAGGCAGCUUUUAGAGGUCUUAAAUGAUACAAACGUUAUUUAUUAUAAUUUACAUUGUACAUUUUGCUUUUCAACAAAUACAGACAGACGGACGGACAGACUGGGAUGACACUGAACUAUACAUGAGUAUAAUGUAUAGAUAUGCUUUUAUAUCAGACUGUACGUGGGAUACUAGCAUAGUUGUAUUAGCUUCACUUUCAUGUAGAGUUAAAAGUUCUUUUCAAUAGUGAAAUACCUUUGCCAGACAGACAGACAGAACGAGCCACCAAUAACCAACAAGAAUUAUCAAUCAGGUCGACGGAUGAUGAUGGCAAUAAGAAUGCUAAAGAAUUCAUGUGUUACUGGAGAAAACGAUUCUCAACAGCACUACAACGUUGCAAUGCUAAGACUAUUGCAAGGAAACUAUCACGCCUUUUAUCUAUGAGCUCUAGUAAUGUAAAGACAUACUCAGUUUUGCAUACAUUAGUUUGUGAGGUGUAUUGACCCUAUUGGGUCUCCGGAACAUUUUGAAUAGUUUUGGUUGUAAUAGCAUUCAUUUAUGAAAAGAUAUGGAACAAAGACAGACAGACAGACAUUAUUGAGACACCAAAUUGUAAAGUUUGAAACAACAUAUACAGACUUGCAAAAUGUACUACAAAAGCUUAGCUGCUUCUACUUUGUUCACCAAAGUACAUGUAACUGUGUCAUUGUAUUGAAAUACUGUCAGGUACAAAGUGAGGCAUACAGACCCACAAAGUUUUCUAUCAAGAUACUGAAACGGACAGACGAAAG